AUGGCCGAAUUCGAUAGGAACGUACUGGAGUUUUACCAGCUAUCUACACCAUUUCCCACAGAAUGGCCAGCCGAGAAGGAUAAAAGCGAUAAUUCGGACAGCGAACAGGAACAGCAGAAGAAGCAGAAGAUAAACCGCAGAAAGUCGCGAUAUCAGGCAUUAGAACGAGCUGUCAGCAAUAGGACUAGUAUCGUCCAAGGAUCCGAGAAGUCGGCAAAUGGAGUAAGCAACUUAGUUCAGAAGGACGAGCCUGAUCCGUUAGGGACAUCAGAAAGCGUUGUUAGGUCAUUGAAGCAAUUGGGAGUGCCGGUCCAGGAUGAUGUCCGUCUACGAAAUCGCUUUCUCUUAUCCUCUACGAGUUUCUCCCCUGCCUUAUUCUUAUCUCAAAUGCAUGCGACCGCCGAUACCGAGUCCCUCUUGAACGGCCUCGAUGUUCUAUCCAAAUCCAUUGACCAGAAAUCCGCGUCCUUGAAAGUUCUAGUCGAGUCAAAUUUUGAGAGAUUCGUACGGGCUAAAGCUACGAUUGACAAUGUCUAUAAGGAAAUGAAAUACAGAGGUGUUGAGCCUCCAUCCCUGAACCGCGCUCGCGGACACUCGCGACAUGCUAGUAAAAGUAGUUUCAGGAAUAGUAGUGGCGGUGCAGCCCUGGGAACAAAUCCACUAGUAACUCCUGUUCCCAAUGAUACUAGGAAGAAGAAUGCACUUAUUAAAGAGAGCGAUUAUGGAGUCAUGGGUAUCAAGACGCCUUUAUUAGAUGUGGCAGCUAAGGCUGAAGAUGUUUGGGGGCCCGCGCUUGGCGGUCGAGAGAAAGAGGAGAAUCUCAAGACCGUAUCGAGUUCGCUAGAUCGAUACAAGGAGUACAUCGAGGCUAGUUCUAAUAUUGCGGAUAGCAUUAAGAGGAAAGACUACGAGGCCCUAGUGGAAGAAUACACUCGUGCCCGGAGAUUUGCGGAUGAGGCGCGUAGACUUGUCCAAGACCUCGGUUCAACACCCCCAAGCGAGACUCAAGCGUACCAAAUUCUUCUCGCAGCUCGAAUGUGGUACGAUGUUGACGAGCAAAUUCAACUUUUCAAACGCGAACUAUGGAGGAAGCUUACAUCGCUUCAUAACAUAUCGAGGACAGAGACCCUAGUUGGGCAACCACAAGAUCAGCAUAUAGAAUUAAUCAGCUUAUUACUAGAGCUUGGCGUGGACGAUAACCCAAUAUGGGUAUGGCUUUUGAGCAAGUAUGACUACCUAAAGGGCAAAAUUUCGACGGCUGGUGAAAGGGCGAAAGUUGAGAUAGAGGUGCUCCGACGUCGUCUCGCAAAUGGUGAGAAGCCACCGCCGCAGAUGAUGGCUACGCACCUUAAGAAUCUUGGUCGACAAUCAGUUGAGAACAAAGCCACUGGUUUGGAUUCCCCUGACGUUAUCGAAUUAUGGGAUAAGAUGCUAGCCUUUUUAUCGACCCUCUUGUCUGGUCAAGGUAUCUUAGGAGAGGUUAUCGAGUUCUGGCAAACAGUCGAAGGAUUUAUCGACGGAAAAGCACAAAAAUCGUUACCUACGGGAUAUAACGGCGAGUCUCGAGACCAUCAUAGGCUUUCUCAGCAGGGGACCGUGGAUCUGCAGAAAGGCACUAUCGAGUUGGUUGAUAUGAUCCGCGCGCAUGUCUUUGAGUUCUUUGCAGGUGCUCCGCCUGAAGAUAUCUCACUUCUCUUCUCCCCCCUACCGCCUUCGCCUGGGACGCCUAAGUCGGCAGGGUUAAGUAGUACGAGAGACCCUCGUUUCAACUUCGAUGCGAACAACCUUCCUCCACCAUCUCCCAAAAGGGGUGAGACAUGGGAAAAGUUUGCCUUCUGGCCUCCCACGUCUAAUUCAGUUAGCGGCGUUCACUACCUAUCCAGGAUGCUCAAUCUGGUCGGUUCCGGGGCGUCGGAGAUGGCGAGCGUAGCCCCUGUUAAGCAAGGCGACGCGAAGCAGUUAGAAAUGUUGAAGACUUUAGUUGGUGCUGCGCGCGAGAGAUGUGUCACUGCCCUAUGCGCUGCUUGGAACAAAGACGCCGAGAACAUUAAGUAUGUUGAGGACUGGAAACGUUCCAAGGAGAUGGGAGAUGUCACACGCAUGCCAACGAGCUUCGCCUCUUUUGAAGGCGCGUUGCUCUCCGGAAUGCAGAAGAUUCUCUAUAUCCCGGAGGCGAUGUCUAAGCCGGGCUCGGGGGAUAUUGUCUCUGCGCCGACGACGAAGCUGUUGCAGAUGGUGAGAAGUCAGUAUGUUACGACGCUCUAUAAAGCGCUUAGCGGAAUGGUUGAAAAUGCGGAGCGCGCGAUCAAGAAGGCGGAUGAUGAAUGGACUACCGAUACGGAUCUAACCGUGAGGCCCGGUAGUGAGAGGGUGUCCUUGAGUCUCGGUUCGGAGACUGUCGACCCAGGCGAUAGAAAUGUCCGUAUGCUAUUAACACUCGGUAACCUUCACGCUCUGCGGACUAAAGUAGUGCCCAAUCUAAACGGCCAAUUUGAAAACGCCUUCUCCGUCAAACUCACAGACGAAUCCAAGACUAUUAAGGAUGUCCUCGGCCAGAUCGACGCCCGCUUAUUCCAAUCCUAUACCCGACCAUCACUCGAUAGCCUACGCAAGAUCAUCCGCGCCGGGCUCUCCGAUCCCAACUGGGCUCCUCCCAAGCCCACAGAAGUCAAACCAUACGUCUACGAAGCCCUGCUCACCCUAGUCCUAGUCCACACGCAAGUCUCCACCACAGCACCCAGCAUGACGCACCAAGUCCUCUCGUACCUCCUCGAGCAGCUCAGCCGCGAGCUUCUAGAAUCCCUCAAGGCGCGCCCGAGAUUCGACCUGGGCGCGCUCAUGCAGGCCACGCUCGACGUCGAGUUCUUCGCCCAGACCCUCAGCCAGUACACGACGGAGCGCGCCUCCGCCAUCCAGGGCGAGGUCUACUCGAUGCUCGACUCCAAGACGGACAACCAGGCCCGCGCCCGUCUCCAGGACGAGCUCCCCGGCAUGAGAGAGGUCCUGAAGAAGCUCAGGGAGCAGAGCCGUGCCCAGUUCGCGUGUUUUAAGAGGCCGCGCAGAGCGCCGGGCCAGGGGUCCGUGUCUUCGGCUGCUGGAAGCUCGGGCCCGGGACCGGGGGUUGAGAGGACUGCUACGGGGUAG